CAUGAUAUGUCAUUCACAAGGUGGAAAUACCGUGCGCCUGCUCAUAGAAUUAUUGUCAGGUCGUCAUGGAGGGAGAAAUCCAGCUUACUUUGGCUUGGCUUUAGGGAACCGACAAAACUUUGUCAAAUCCGUGGUAACCCUAGGUACGCCUUAUCUAGGCACGACUAUUACCGACGUUAUUUUCAACGACAUCCUUCGUAACAUCCCAGUCAACGAGGUUAUCACCCGCCUGGUAGUUUCGGCAGCCUUUAAUCCAACCCGCUUUGUCGAUCUGCAACUAGAUCACUGGGGAUUCACACCCAACCCAGGGGAGAGCUUUCGAGCCAUGCAUGGUCGUCUCCAGAAUGCUAUCAUGACCUGGUGGAACUCCAAUGAUAACGGCAUAAGGGACAACGGCGUGCAGGGGAUCAACAGGCUGAACACGGAUUUCAAUCCAAGUGCAUCUCCUCAAACCUAUUACUUCACGUUGUCCUUUGACGCCACAAGACCCCUCCCCCGGCAAGAACUCACAGGGCAGGACCUUAAGAAUCUACCAGUACAUCCCGCUGUAUCGCUAUUUGGUUUGGCAUAUCCCGGCCCCGGAGAUGUCACCGCAAAUGCGGUCUCAUCUCUAUCUUGGCUCGCCCAUGGAGCUUCCAGCUUGACCCCAGGAAAUCCGAAUGACAUUGCGUACGCACGGUGGCUCGUUAACGUCUUCAAUAACCACGCCAGCGGUUUGGGCUACGCAUUUAGAGUCCCGAGUCCCGGAGGACGAAUUCCGCGAGCAGACAUGCUCCCUCUCCUUUCCAUCUUUUCUCUAGGAAUGAGUGGUGUAGCUACACCACUAGACCCCUCCGGGCGCAAUGACGGCGUUGUUGACACAGUGUCAAUGGACGGCCCGGCGGAUGGUGUGAACAAUCCAUCCAAUGAUAUUACAAACUUCAACCGCGGCGCUCUAGCCAUGAACCGAGGGUCCUACUGGAAAUUUGGCGUGACGGGCGGUAUAGAUCAUGCGGAUCAAGUUGGUGUCUUUACUGAUGAGAACAUUUACGCUCAAGUCCUACAAAUGUAUCAAGAUCUUGGGGAUCUUGUUUCCUUUCUUUGAUGAUCCUCGAGUUGUUAUCGCUGACUUCUUUACCUGUACUCGCUAUCUCUAGGAAUGUGGAGCGAGGCGAGGUCUUCGACGUGACGAAGUAGGCGCAGUUCUAAAGUCGAAACGUCAGUGAAUUGCGCAAAGGUAGCUUUUCCAUAAACCUGUCUCGUAACCGCACUUGACCUGUUUAUAAAGUCUAGCUAUAAUACACAU